AAGGGUGAUCCUAGUGACUGGGAUGCUUUCCUUCAAAAAAACGUCACUUAAAGCAAGCGUUCAAAGUGUUUGUAAAAUGAAACAAAAAUGUUAUCUAGAACAAAUCAUGUGACAUCCAGAUUGCUUCAUUACAAACCACGUUUUUCCAACCUUGCUGAUCUUAGAAGACCUUUCUACAAAUUUUGUGUAAACAUGCAGGAUACAAGACCUCCAGGACACAGCCAGAGACGUAUCAACCACCUAAAGUUGAUGAACUAUUCCAUGUCUGUGGACGAGGAGAAGGUGGAAGCUUUGGUACAUACAUCUGGUCUACACUACAGUGAUUUUGAUUCUAAGAAUGGACAACCAAAACCUGGCAGUUAAUGAAAAUGUUGGAGUCUGCUCGAUUCUUCUCCCAUCAUUGGCCUCUGGACGACAGUGGACGAACAUUCAGAGAUUAUGCAGAGGUAACAUCAGAUCGCAUGACAUUUCUUAUUACAUCCAGGAUGGAUAUUGAAUAUAACCUUUAUGACCCCAGUAUUCCAAAAUCUCCACUUGACAUUAAAGUUCAGGGUGGAUAUGUUGGAGCAUCGUCACUAAAUUCCAUAACAACGGUUCAGACAAAGUGUGGCCAGUUGUUGCUAAGCAAUGUGAACCAGGUAGUAAGUAUAGACAGAUCGACUCGGCGACCGAAAGUGUUACCCGAUUGGUGGCGAGAGAAGUACGCUAAAUCUGGAGCAAAAUUCACAUCUUUGAAAUUCGAAAAGUAUACAAAACCAGAUUCAGUUGAACCGUUUAAUAUUCACGUUGUUCGCAGUGACCUUGACGGUAACAAUCAUACAAACUGGACUUGUUAUGUGAGAUUUGCGCUUGAUGGUUUAUAUCAUAAUGCAAAACAUGGAAAAUUGGAUAAGUUUAAAGAUAUAGACAGGCAUGGUCUACAAAGUAUGGAACUGUUAUUUUCAGGCGAAAGUUUUGAUGAAGACAAAUUAGAAGUAUAUGUAUGGCAGGAGGAUGGUGAUGGAUACAAAGUACGAGUACAUAUAGAGAAAGACAAGAGUUUCAUUUUUCAGGGAACUUUUAGUUUUUUUGAACAGACAUUAUACUGAUCAAAUACGAUAGCCUGUUACAGUUAUCACUCCAGCUACAUUUCCUUGUGUGUAGAAGAACACUUUCAAAUAUUCAAGGAAGCAGUAUGCAUCACUGAAUUUUUAAAAUUUCAGAGAUGUUUAAUUAAGAAAUAAUAUAUCUCAAACAGUGAUCCGUCCUUGAAAAUAAUCAUUGGAGCCCAGAAGAAAUUAUACAACAUAAGGCACAUGUGACAUAAAAAUAGGCGUCUGAGUUGACAAAAAUCGAUUUUAUUCUAGAGAAAUUCACAAAGGUAUAUUAUUUCUGUUCUAACACAAUAUCAUGGAUUAUUAUGCACACCUUUGACAACAUCUACCAAAUAUUUGCAUGUUUUAUGUGUUUUUUCCAGCUUGCUGCUAUUAAGGACCAGCAAUGUAAUAACUGUAAUGUACAGUCAAUGAUUUUGUUGCAAUGUAACACAUUAUUUAUGCCUUCUUUGGUUAUAGGAAAACAAAUGGGACUGUGUUAGAAUAUGUUUAAAUUUAUCAGCUUUUACUAGUAAACAGUUUUUGAUUCAUGUA